AUGGGAACUAGAAAAUUAGCGGGAAAAUUGCUCCUAGCAGCAAUCCUCUUAGUUUUAGGUUCAAGAAUGCUUACAAACCCUGAACACUAUACUACUGAAUGAAAGGCCGGUCUAAAUCAUUACUUUUCCCACACUUCUUUUUAUCCAGACGCAACAACGGCAGUAAGACUAUACGGUGGGUCUAUCCUCUUAUCAACAAUUUUGCUCCUAUUAAAAUUCGAAGAAGUCAGCUGUAUUUUAUUAUUCCUGCUUUCAUUAUCAACUUGGUCAAUCUAUAACCCAUUUUACGCUUCUGAAGAAUGAAUAUUUCAAAUGUCUUUAUCGAAUAUUGGAUUAAUUUCAGCAUUACUAAUUCUUAUGGAAGAAACUUGGGGUAAAAUUGAUGCCAUGAUAAGAAGGCUUAGAUUAAGGAUUUUAAAUAAAUAA